CCGUGCGCCUCGCCACGCAGCUCCCACUGCGCAUGCGCGACCAUUUCCCCACAGCAGGUAAACUCCACCAUGGCGGCGCGAGGCCAUGUGCAGGAUCCGAACGACAGGAGACUCAGGCCCAUUUACGAUUACCUCGAUAAUGGCAACAAUAAAAUGGCAAUACAGCAGGCCGAUAAACUGCUGAAGAAACACAAGGACCUGCACUGUGCCAAGGUCCUAAAGGCCAUCGGCCUUCAGAGGACCGGAAAGCAGGACGAAGCUUUCACGUUGGCCCAGGAGGUGGCCACCCUCGAGCCCACGGACGACAACUCGCUACAGGCUCUGACUAUUCUGUACCGGGAGAUGCAUCGCCCGGAGUUGGUCACCAAGCUGUACGAGGCUGCGGUGAAGAAGAUUCCUCUCAGCGAGGAGUACCACUCCCACCUCUUCAUGGCGUACGCCCGCGUCGGCGAGUACAAGAAGAUGCAGCAGGCAGGAAUGGCCUUGUAUAAAAUCGUCCCCAAGAAUCCGUAUUACUUCUGGUCCGUCAUGAGUCUGGUGAUGCAGGCCAUCUCAGCACAAGAUGAGAAACUGUCCCAGACCAUGUUCCUGCCCCUGGCUGAGCGCAUGGUGGAGAAAAUGGUCAAGGAGGAGAAGAUCGAAGCAGAGGCAGAGGUGCAGCUGUACUUCAUGAUCCUGGAGCGCUUAGGAAAGUGUGUGGAGGCUCUGGAUGUGAUCAGGGGCCCUCUCGGUGAGAAGCUGCCCAGCGAGCUGCAGAGCAGAGAGUCCAAGUGCAUGAUGUUCUACCGGAGGCUGCAGCGCUGGCGGAGGUCCAACUCGCUGGCUCACAAGUUGCUGCUCAAAAACCCUGACGACUGGCAGUUCUACCCCUCCUACUUUGACUCCCUCUUCCACCUGAUGGACCAGUCGUGGAGUCCUCCUGAGGACGGAGAACACUGUCCGGAGGGUUCGGUCCACCACACGGUUGCCGAGGUGAUGAGGUUCGUGGAGGAGAGGAUCACCGGGGAGGACGGCAAAGACUCGCGCUCGCUCCGAGGACCCUACUUAGCUCGGCUGGAGCUCAUGCACCGACUGAGGGAGAGGGGCCGUCCUGAAGAAAGGCUCCUAGGUGACCCUCUCGAGCUCAUGGUGCAGUUCUUUGGGAAGUUCGGAGACAAACCCUGCUGCAUCACCGACCUAAAAAUAUACCUCCACCUGCUCUGCCCCGACCAGCACGUGCAGUUCAUCAACCGUCUGGGCGAGGCGGUGCCCCUGGGCCAGCAGGGGGACGAAGGACUCUGCUUCCCGGAGGACACCAAAGCGAUGCAGAGGCACCUGUGCGUGAGCCAGCUGGGCCGCGCCCUCGGGCUGCACCACGCCCUCGACCCCGACGGGAAGCUGCGCCUCAUCGCCCAGCUCAAGGCUCACUAUCGUCACGGGCUCAAGUUUGGGACAAACGCGCUGAAGACGGAGCUGCAGUUCUCCGACAUGUACUGCCUCAUGGCGGCUCACGUCUACGUGGACCUGUGGAAGGAGACGGGCGAUGACAACAUGGUGUGGCGGUGUCUGGGCGUCCUCCAGGAGGGUUUGACCCUCAGCCCCUCCAACGCCCAGUUCAAGCUGCUGCUGCUGCUGGUCUACUGUCACCUGGGGGCCUUUGAGCCCGUGGUGGACCUGUACUCGAGCCUGGAUGCCAAGCACGUGCAGCACGACACCAUCGGGUUCCUGCUGACGCGUUACGCUGAGUCGUUGGGUCAGUUCGCUGCAGCCUCCCAGUCCUGUAACUUCUCCCUCAGGUUUUUCCACUCCAACCAGAAAGAUACCUCAGAGUACAUCAUCCAGGCGUACAAGUACGGAGCGUUCGAGAAGAUCCCAGAGUUCAUAGCUCUCAGGAACCGGUUGAACCAAUCGCUGCACUUCGCCCAGGUGCGCACGGAGCGGAUGCUGCUGGACCUGUUCCUAGAGGCCGACAUCGUGUUGAGUCUGGAGGAGAGUGUGAGGGCCAUGUCUCUGUCUCCAGAGGAGGACGACAUCCCCUGGGACACCAUGAGGGACAACAGGGACCUCACCGUCUUCACCAGCUGGGACCCCAAAGACAGGGAGCUGACCGAGGAGCACCGGCGGCGCUCCCUGGAGGAGGAGACCGCGUGGCUGCGGCUGCGCUCGCUCACGCUGCGCCUCCUGGCCUCUCUGGCCUCGUCGGGGCGCGCGCCCUCGCCGCAGAACUCUGACACUACCAACGAGAACGGAGUGGGAGGCGGGAGCUCCGUCCUCGGCGGGCUGCUCGGCCAGCUGCAGCUCGCCCUGCAGACGGCGGCGCAGAUAGCAGAGAGACGCACGCAGUAUCCAUUCCUGGGCCCCCCCUCCACCCGCCUGGCCUCGGCCCUGUCCAGCGGGAGCUGUCAGUGCCAGGCGGCGGCCCUGCAGCUGUCGGUCAACGUCCAGGAGCUGGAGGACGUCGGCCUCGACGAGUCGUCGGAGCUUCAGACCCAGAUCUGUAACGGUUUCAAAUCAUUAGUAGCUCAGCUUCAAGAAAUACUGAAUAGAUGCAAAGGGGAUUUCUUGGAAAUGAAAGAGGGCAAGUUAAAAACCCGGCCCUCCUUACUAGAAAACCUAGUCUUCUUCGUUGAGACGGUGUGCGUCGUCCUGUGGACGGCCAGCCACUGCGCCAAGGUCCUCCGGCCGCUCAAGACCAGUCUACAGAAGAAGAAGAAGAAGAAAAAGGACGCAAACACGGCUCUGCCGGCGGUGGUGUGUGGCUUCCAGGAGCUGACGGGGGGCUUGCAGGACCUGCUCACCCAGGCGUUGGAGUUUAUAAAGGGGCAGGAGACGGGCAUCACCGCCAUUAAGCUGGCCGGGUUGAGCUUGGAAGGACACACACAGGACGAGGAGGCGUUUACCAAGGCAGCUAUGGACAAAGUGCAGAGCAGUUACCUGCGCUCGCUACAGGAGGCAGGAGAUCUGCUCAGGAAGAGAGCCGAAACUAUAAAGAGCCUCAAGAUCUGACCGCCGCCGCCGCCCGAAUAAAGAUGACUCUCUACACCCCCCCCCCCCACACACACACACACACACACACACUCUGUCAGUUAACUAGGAGUCCUACAGCUCUAAAGUACAGUCGUCUCUCACCUGCUUCCUGUCCCUGAUGUUCCUCCACUCGGCGUCUGACUCAAUCUGGAUUUUUGUUGUCUCGUCUUUCCCCUCGACACACACACACACACACACACACACACCUCGGGUACCUCUGCAACUCUUCUAGCACACAAAGCUUGUAAGUAAACUCAUGACUUUAUACAGCCAUCAAAAGUUAAAAAAUGAGGAAUAAAAACAUGCUUUUUUUCAUUUUUAAGAAAUGCACAAAAAAUGAACUUGGGCAAAGUUAGCAAAUACGAAUAAGCAGUUUUAGAUGUAAUCUAAUACAUUAUUGUAUAUAGCAAAGAACAACCACCAUAACUCAUAAGAUUAUGCAUUAAGUUUCUUUUUAUUCCUUUUUUUUCUGGUAGAACAAAGCGCGCACACACACACACACACACACGCUGGGACUGUUAACACUACGGAGGAAGUUGUUUCAAUGUGCUGCUCUUCCAGCUGUUUCUGUCCACGAAGAGAAAACACAACUCACUCAGACUGAAGUUACACAAUCUUUGUCCUUUAUUUUAGUUUUUGUCGUUGCUUUGUGCAUCUUGCGUGUCUCUUUUGGAAGUGGAAGUGGAACCACCUGUGUAGUUGCAGCAUUAUAAAGAGCAGUAGUGGAGUCGGGCCGUUAUCUUUUUAUUUUUGAAGUCGGAAUUCUGUUUCUUUUCCUUUUUUCCCAUCACACCAGGAGAAGUUCUUCUUAACACGACGUCUGUGAUCGCACAAACUCAGCAACUCGUCUCAAAGACACACUCCUGUGAGACCUGCUGGUUAAUAUUUAUUUAGGAGAGCAAGAUCCACACAAGUGCGUCGUUGAUGCCAUCUGCUUGAAUGGUGGUUUCGGGGGCGUUAUUUUUUUUAAGUGAUCUCGAUGUUUUUCUCCCCGUUUCAUGGCUCUCUGGCGCUGCUUCACAUUUCAGUCCUGGUUGAUUCAAUAGUUUCUAUUCAACUGUAAGCAAAUUUAGGCAGCACCCAAAAUUCCAAACUAAUGCGAUAUGUUUUUAGAAAUGUCCACAUUGGUCCAUUUUUCUUUUGUGCGUUUUUUUUUUUUUUCCCCCAGACUUCAAAGUAGUCUAGAAAAAUACACCUUCAUUCCCCAGAGGGUCAAUCAGCGUUGUGUUACUGAUAUUUAAAGAUAAAUCUGACAGAUUUUGUCACUAACUAGGUUUAAAAAUCAGAAGUUUGUUGUUGUAGUUCUCAAUUCAGCCACAAGAGGCUUCAGUCUCCACGUGUUCCCAAUAGACUAAAAACAUUCCUUUCUUCAGGUUGAGUGAUUUUUAUUUACUAUCUUGUGUUCAGAGUGUGUGAAGAAAACCCUGUUUUUAGUCUUUAGAACAUUAACACUUUUUUGUGUUUACCUGCCAAAACUUUUAAUUUGACCUGUUUCACAGCUGAUGUAAAAUAAUGUUCUUAAAUACUAAACACAAUUUUGAGCAAAGUUGGAACCGUGAGUUCUCUCUCACUUGACCCUCUGGGCCUCCGAUGAUGGAUUAUUAUGGGAUGUCCUGUCAAACAGACGUGUUUGUGAUUCACAGACAAACUUUGGACCUAGUUGUAAAUAGGAAAUCAAGGCAGCAGAACGCUGAAAGAAUGUUUGAUGUGUUUUUUUUUAAAUAAUCAGCUGCAGUAGAUGUGUAUGACCCCCCCCCCCCCCCUCCCCAAACGAAAUGUCAUGAACCAAAAACCUUUUCUUCAUCUUCUCCGUGACAUGAACUUAUUCUUAUUAUUCAUAACCAUUGAGAGAUGGACCGACAUUGUUUACAAAAAUCACCCAGCAGCACUGAUGACUGACGACUGCAGCUUAGUGUGAAGUUUCUUUUUGUUUUGUUUUUUUACUAUUUCAUCAAUAAUUUGGCCGAACAAUGUGAAAAUGUGAGUAACCAGUGAAUCCUCGUCCUUCCUGUUCUUGUAUCCGCAUACGAAUCCCAUCUGCAAAUAAAAUGCCUUUUCUCUGAGCACACGUCUGUGAUCCCACCUCAUGAUGACGACGAUGAUGAUGCUGUUUAGGGUUCACAAUAAUGGUUGACAAUCUGGAGUGUCAUCUCACCACCCUCUUUUGUUAGAAAAUGGAAAACGGAUACACUGGAAUGUCAAAGCUUUUUUAAAUAAAGAAAAUGCAAGAAUUUGGUUGUGAAA